GUUAUGCAGCAUGUCUGGAUGGAGGGAAAUUCUCCAACGAAGUGCGAUCGAUGUCACAGAAGCAUCAAGUGCUACCAGGGCCUGACGGGCCUGCACUGUGUCUGGUGCCAGUUGACGCUCCACAACAAGUGUGCAUCACAUGUGAAGCCAGAGUGUGAUGGAGGAGCCCUGAGGGACCACACUCUGCUGCCUUCAUACAUCUGUCCAGUUGUCCUGAUCACCCCUCUCCCAGGAACUCACCCUCUCCUGGUCUUGGUCAACCCUAAGAGCGGAGGGCGGCAAGGGGAGCGUGUUCUCAGGAAGUUCAGGUAUCUGCUUAACCCCAGGCAGGUGUACAGUUUGGAGCAAGGAGGACCCAUGCAUGGGCUCAACUUUUUCCACGACGUCCCUGAUUUCCGGGUGCUGGCCUGUGGAGGUGACGGUACUGUGGGUUGGAUCCUGGAUUGUAUAGAUAAGGCUAACUUUGCCAGACACCCUCCAGUGGCCAUCCUCCCUCUGGGCACAGGAAAUGACCUGGCACGAUGCUUACGCUGGGGAGGAGGCUAUGAAGGGGGCAGCUUGCUGAAAGUCCUGCGGGACAUUGAACACAGCAUAGAAGUGGUGUUGGACCGCUGGAAUAUUGACAUCGUUCCUGAUGACAAGGAGGAGAAGGGAGACCCUGUUCCUUACAGUAUUAUCAACAAUUACUUCUCUGUGGGAGUGGAUGCCUCUAUCGCCCACCGCUUUCAUCUGAUGAGGGAAAAGCACCCUGAGAAAUUUAACAGCAGGAUGAAGAACAAGCUGUGGUACUUUGAGUUUGGCACCACUGAGACCAUAUCCGCCACCUGCAAGAAACUAAACGAAUGCAUAGAGGUGGAGUGCGACGGGAUCAUCUUGGACCUCAGCAAUACCUCCUUAGAGGGCAUAGCUGUUCUGAACAUUCCCAGCAUGCACGGGGGCUCCAACCUUUGGGGAGAGUCCAAGAAGAGACGGAAUUACAACCGCAUGAGCAAGAAGGUUGCAGACAGGAUGCCUGCCACCACCGUCACAGACGCUAAAGAGCUCAAGUUUUGCAUGCAAGACUUCAGUGACCAGCUCUUGGAAGUGGUUGGCCUGGAGGGGGCGAUAGAAAUGGGCCAGAUCUACACCGGGCUGAAGAGCGCAGGACGCAGACUGGCUCAAUGUGCCAACGUCACCAUCAGGACGUCUCGGCGGCUUCCCAUGCAGAUCGAUGGUGAGCCCUGGAUGCAGCCGCCCUGCACGGUCAGAAUCACGCACAAGAACCAGGUCCCCAUGUUGCUGGGCCCACCUCAGAAGACGCCGUUCUUCUUCUUUAAGAAACGCAACUGCAACCGCGACUAGCAUCACCCCCAUACACACCUCAAAGAUGGACACACAUUCCUACAGUACAUAGGUGCAGACAUACAGACCAUCAGCCAACAGCCGUGAUUCCAGAUUCGAAGGUUCAUUUUCGUCCUGACAUUUUGAU